CUCAAGAUGAGCGACUCUCCAGUAGGAUUUCACCUGGCUGUCUUCCCGUUACAGGCGUGGGGCCAUGCACGUCCUCUGAUCACGCUCUCCGCGCGCGUCGCGAAGACGGGAUCCACUUUGGUGACAUUCUUCACGACCCCCGAGUUCGUUGAUCGAGUCAAGGCCGAGCUCUUGCGCAACUUUGAGGUCGGCGAAGAUGCCUUCCUCUCCCGUGUUAGGAUCGUCGGGCUGGUGCAUGAGGGCGCGGUUACGUCGAAGACACUCGAGGAUGCCUUCGCUGCCGCAUGGAGAAAGCUCGACAACGGGGAGGAGGUCGUUUGCGUGAAGACCGGGGCGGCGUUCCCCUCGGGUCCCAAGCCCAACGCCCUCAUCUUCGAUUGCUUUGCACACCAGUCCCUUCGGGACGCGAAGGCUAUCAGCGGAGACAGUGUAAAGGCGUACCUGUGGUUCCCUGGUCUGCUCUCUCCGUUCUUCCCUCUAUUUGGUUCGGAGAGCUUGGGAGGGAAGGGGAAUAUACGCGUGAAGGCGGAGGAAGAGGCGCGUCGUACAGGCAGAGAGCCUGUGGAGAUAGCGUUGGAGAUGCUCAAUGCGCGUGGUGACGUCGUCCGUGCCCCAGGCAUGCCUCCUAUGUACGACUACGAGUAUCAACCUCAAGAUUUCCCCAUGCCAGAGGAGAUUGCCGCAAGAAUUUUCAUACCGGCAUACGAGUCUCUCAUGAUCGCCGACGGAGUAUUCAUCGUCACGUCUGAAUCAUACGAGCCCGAAGCCGUCGCAACCCUGCGAGAGUGGUACAAGGAGCUGUCGAAAGCAGCGUACAUCGUUGGACCGCUUCUGCCUUCCGGUACCCGGGCUCUCGCCGGGGAGAAACAACAGUCAUCACAGGCCCACGCGAUCGAGCGCUUCUUGGACGAGACGCUGCGAACGUCCGGGGAGCAUUCUCUGCUAUAUAUCUCAUUCGGCAGUAUCUUCUGGCCUGUGAAGACCCCCGACACGAUCUGGGCGUUCCUUGACGUUGUGAUGGAACUCGGUCUCCCAUUCAUCCUGAGCCAUGCCUCUCCUUUGGCCGGUGCAAUCCCGGACGCGGUGACCGCGAAAGUGACGGCGUACGGCAAGGGACUGUUAUCGCCGUGGUCGCCUCAGCAGGCGAUUCUCAACCACCCCGCCACCGGUUGGUUCGUCUCGCACGGCGGACAGAACGGCGCGCUCGAGGCGAUCACCGCCGGAGUUCCUCUCAUCAUGUGGCCGUUCGGCGCAGACCAGCCACUCAAUGCGGUGCACCUUUCCGAGAACCUCGGGGUCGCGUACGAGCUUAUCGAGGUGCGGAGCGGGCACGGGCUGAAGCCGAUUCUUCGGAACGGUCGGCAGGCCGCGGGGACAACCGAGGCGCUGCAGGCCGAGGCGCGCGACGUGCUUGCGAAGGCGUUCGGCGAGGAUGGGGCUAAGAAGCGCGCUAAGCUGCAGCAGCUUAGGAGUGAAGUGCUUUCGGAGUGGGAGGAAGGCGGUGCGUCGAAGAGGGACUUCCUCGCGUUCCUGGAUACACUGAAGACUACGUAGGCAUGCAAAUCAAUGUAUACACCGUCCAUGGGUACAUAG